AUGGAUCAAAUUAAUCACUCCAAACUUCGAAUUGACGUAAUAUCUGACCGCCGACAAAGAGCAAUAGUAAAUUUGAGAAAAUUUACCAACCUUACAAGCUUUCAAUUCUUUGAAGCUCUUUACGAUAUAGUUAAUAGCGACCCAUUAUUAAAUAUAGAUGAAAGAAAAUAUCUUAUGCAUGAUAUAAGAAAAAUCCGUGAUAUACAAAAUGUAACUGAAAAUAUUGGCGAAAAACGACUAUGCGAGUAUUGUAAAAAUGAAGUUAUUGCUACUCUUUAUUGUGAAGGUUGUGUCCGUAAUAAUUUAAAAAAACAGUUCAACAAAUGGUCUUCAGAUAAUAUUAAGGUCGAUAAUUUGAUCCGAGAAUGUCAACUUAAUGCUGUAUCACCAUCACACAUAAUCGAAUAUAUUCCCUAUGAUAAUUUUACAGAUAUUACGUUUAAAGCUAGAGGCGGAUUUUCUACAAUAUAUACAGCAAUAUGGGAAAAUGGGCCAUUUACAGAAUGGGAUAUUAAACAACAGGAAUUAAAAAGAGGUGGUAGAGACACUUACGUUCUAAAAACUUUAGAAAAUUUCGAACAAUGCUCUAAAGAGAUUAAUGUAAUGUUUGGUGCUGAAAAGUAUUCUCAAUCUCUUGUAAAAAGCUAUGGACUAACUAGAAAUUUCGAAACUCGGGAAUUUAUGCUCGUUCUUCAACAUAUGGAUAGUGAUUUAUGUAACUUCAUUGAAAGAAAUCCAAAGUUAGAUUGGAAAUUUAGAUAUAAAAUUGUUCGAAAUAUUUCCAACAGUAUCAGAAAGUUACACAAUCUAGACUUCAUACAUGGAGAUUUACAUCCUGGAAAUGUCUUGAUUUUUGAGGACAAACUCCACUGCGUUCUAAAUGAUUUUGGUUUAAGUGAAUCUUUAACAGUUAUGUUGGGAAUGGAAGCUUCGCUUAGAAAGUGGUAUGAAAAAGAUGAUAAGCUUAACAGUCAAAAAUUAAGGCCUACUCUAGUUGAUUUCGAAAAGUCUACAAACUCGACGAUUUCAAAGAAUGUAAAGUCGGAGCAAAUACCUAAAGUUAAUACGAAAGUGGAUAAAGAUACUAACGCAAACAAUAGUAUCAAUCGAAAAUCAAAAUUUUCUUCGAUUAAUUCUAAUAAUUAUAAAUGUUGGAAAGUUUUUAACACUAAUAAAACAAACACUAUAAUAAAUUCAAGAGCUGUCCCUAUCGGUGUACUUUCAACCUUGGAACAGGGUGAAGGUAGCAUUGCUUAUGCUUGUUCAGAACAGAAUAAGCAGAAUUUUGCUUUAAGCGAAUGCUCACCUUCAACGCUAGAGCUUGAUAAAAGUGACGUUACCAUAGCGCAAACAGAAAAUAAACAGAAACUCAUGUUCCAUGAUCAGGCUAAUUUAAUUAGCACUAUAUACUACAUAAGUCAUUAA